AUGCCUGCCGAGUCUCAAUGCCCAACACCAGCUUUCGACGCCACACCGUCAUCUAGUCGGCAAGAACCAGCAGAAUCGAUGGAGCUGUCUCAUUUGGAUGGGUCUUUAUCUUCCCCAGCCACAACUUUACCGAUUGUACCUCAAGACCGUCACGGCCAGGAUGAAGCUGAUCUUGCGACACUCCGGAAUGAAUCACAUCUUGCUCCGGUAGAUGGGGGAUACCAGGCAUGGUCGUUCUUGGCUGGUGCCUUUGUUAUCGAAACGAUUGCCUGGGGCUUUCCUAGUUCUUAUGGUGUUUUCCUCGACGCCUACCUCGCCGAUUCGAAAUGGGCUUCACAGUCAAGAGCGGGAUACUUUUUGCCUCUCAUCGGCACUCUAUCGUCAGGAUUGUCGCAAUGCAUAAGUUGUUUACUUUAUCCCCUCAGCAAUCGAUUCCCUCGACUUCGUAGGCCUGUGAUGUGGCUUGGAGCUCUUUUAUCAUGGAUUGCCCUGUUCUCGGCGAGCUAUACUGAUGACGUAAAGCAACUAGUCGGACUGCAAGGUGCACUUUACGCAAUUGGCGGAGCACUGCUCUAUGCACCCGUUCCCAACUUAGUGCAAGAAUGGUUCGUCGCGCGUCGCGGCAUAGCCUACGGGGUCAUAUAUGCAGGAACUAGUUUCGCAGGCCUAUUUUUCCCCGUCCUCCUCCCCCAUCUCUUCUCGCUCUGGGGUAUCGCCAAAACUCUACGCUACCUCUCGAUUAUAUUAGCCGCAUGUACUGCGGCCGCACUCUUGAUGAUCAAGCCGCGCCUUCCGGAACGUAGGGUCCAUGCCGCGAGGAGGUCGCGGAUGUGGAGAGCUGAGGAAUAUGUCUGGCUCAAGGAUUGGAGCUGGUUGCUUUUCAUUCUGGCGAAUACGCUGCAAGGUUUUGCGUAUUAUGUGCCGAUUGUAUGGUUGCCCACGUUUGCCUCCGCUUUGAACGUAUCACGUUCAACCUCCUCACUUUCACUUUUCCUUCUGAAUGGAGCCUCCGUUAUCGCUAAGCUCGGUUUCGGCGCUCUUUCCGACCACGUUUCGCCCUGGAUCCUCGCGCUCGUCAUGUUCUCCCUAACGUCCGUCGCGACAUUCACGCUCUGGGGCGUCGUGGGCAAUAUCGUAGCAGGUGUGCUCGUGUUCGGUGGUGUGUAUGGAAUGUUGGCAGGUGGUUGGUUCGCCCUGUGGGAAGCGUUCGUUAAAGGGAUUACCAAAGACAAUCCUUCGGCUUCUAUGACGAUCAUGGGGAUCCUCAUGCUUUCCACCGGAUUGGGAAACAUCCUCUCAACUCCCAUCUCUACGGCCUUACCCGGGUCUUCGUCUUCCAUGGUUUCGUCUGACACCCACAGCAAUACCCUAAGUAGUCACAGUGGAUUCGGAGUGGAAGGUGGAAAGUACGAAAGGAUGAUAGUUUACGUGGGAUCUUGUUUUGCUGCGGCGGCGUUGGUGGCGCUACUUGGGUGGGGUGGCGAGAGGACGGGAUUUCUCGGGAGGAGAAGUUAGGAUGACAGCACUGACCAAGCGCUCUGAUCGGGAACAGCGAGGCUCGGACCUUUCCGAUCUGUUCUGUUGUGGCGGCAACAAACUUUUGCUUCCGUCUGAAUCCACUUC